UGUUUGUGGGAGUAAAUAGCGCCCCCUCCCGCGGAAUAAGCUGAAAAAAUUUGUUCACCCGUUGGUGGGUAGAAUUUGUGCAAAGCCUCAAAAGUGUCAUAAAACUGCAGUUUACAAGUUCGAAACGUGAAUAUAAAUAAAUCAAAGACUGCGGCCAGUCAAACCCAUUAAAGAACACACACGGUCUGGGGUUUACCCAAUGGUCUGGUCUGGGUAAAACCUUAAUUAAUGGUUAUAUAUUUUAUUUUGAAAACAUGUUUCGCAUGACUAAUGAAACGGGUUGAUGCUAUAAUAAAAGUUAGGGCCUCGAGAAAAAACUCAAAAAAUAAGAAAAGUCAGACAAACGCCUCAAGGCUCGGAGAUCUGGGCAGCAAUGGUCAAGCGCACGCACACACACACACAAAAGGCUUUAGUGGUGGAACCUGCAAAAACAACAAAAUGAGUAGCAGCAGCAUUGUCGGCCUUAACUACAAUUCAUCAUCGCUAAUUGUCAACAAAAGCAAAUUUAUUAACGUUAAAUAAACACUAAAAAUAAACACCCAAACGCCAGGCAAGCAAGCAAGUAAUUAUGCUUGACCCUGGUCCAACAAUAGACGCCAUAGCCACAGCAACAACCACAACCGCAGUUCCAUCUCCGUCUUCGAUUUCAACGCCGCUCUUGCUGGCGGGAGUGUAAGCCUAAGUCUAAACCGCCCCCCUGCCUGAGCAGCGUCAGAAGCUGAAUAACAUAACAUUUGGGAGUCGCACCGCAUACGUCGCGACGCUUGGACCCGCCCAAGCGCCAAGCGGAUCGUUUUCGUAACCGGAAUAUACCCACGUAGAAAAAUAUAUAACGAACCAUAGGAGGUACGCACCAUGGUGGCCGUGGGCAGUCUACACAACACGCGCAUGCUGCGCUUCCUCUUAGUCCUAGUGGUUUUCAUCCUCACCAUUUUUAUCUAUGCCUCGUAUUCGACGACGGCAACGUUGACACCACCGCGUGUCCGACCAGCAGCUUCACCGCCUCAGCAACUGGUGGGCGACAAUCCGAACCAAAUGUUAACCCCGAACAACACUGGAGAGUUCGGACUGGCCACGGGCGACGCUGUGCCCAAGGUCCAAAGCAGGCAGCAGCAGCAGCACACAGAAAUUCAUAAAAGGCACCCGCCACAGCAUCGUCUGCCCACGAUCGAUGAGGAUGCCCUGCUGGACGGAGGCUCUGCUGGUGCCAGCCCCAGCCAGGUUGGCGUUGGCGGUGCUGACCAGACGCCCAAUGCCAUUGCCGAUGAGAUGCUCGAGGAGCAGCAGUAUGGCCAAAGUGUUGAUGGUAUCACUGGCAACAUCAGCAGCAACAACAACAUCAGCAAUAGCAACGGCACCAGCGAGGCGUUGGUUGUCAAACAACCAGCCACUGGCCCUGGCUCCCCCGCCCAAUCGCAACAGUCGCCCAGUCAGCAGCAGCAGCAGAAGCAACAGCAGCAGGCACGAUCCGAAGCAGAGGUUCUCAUACCCACUUCUAAUUUGCAAAAGUUCAUUGAGAAUGCCGAUAAGAUAUUGAAGAACAUCACAUCGAACAGCAGCAGCAGCAGCGGAGGCGGUGGCACCGGCAGCGGCAGUGGAGUUGCCGUACCAGCAAACGGAAAUGACCAGCACAUAGAUAAGGCCAACCCACAACCGGAGGAGACACAAAUCAAUUUGUUGGAUGGAAAGAACGAAGUCUUUGAGGGAUACUCAGCUGAUUCGGACAAACAGAAGCUAGUGCCCCCUUCUAAUGCCAAGAAAAACCAUGUGGAAUCAGCGGUUCAGUCUGCCAGACCACCUGUACCAAUUAUACGCACCACAAAGGGUAGGAGCAGCGUUAAGGAGCAAUCUACGCCGGUGGAUCCCUCCAAAGGGGUGGCUACAGAGAAGCUCUACGAGUCCGGCCACAUCGACGAGGAGAUCGAUGCCGAUCACAUUUGUCCGCACGCGGGAGAACCCAUAAAGCUGCUUGUGCUCAUCAGUUCUGCACAGUCGCACGAAGCGGCGAGAAUGUCUAUCAGACAGACUUGGAUGCACUAUGGAAGCAGGCGGGAUGUAAGCAUGGCCUUUGUUCUGGGCCGCGGCACCAAUGAAACGAUUAACAAGGCUCUCACCAAGGAGAACUAUAUCUAUGGGGAUCUGAUACGCGGAAACUUUAUAGACUCGUACAAUAAUCUAACACUGAAGACGAUCUCCUCGUUGGAAUGGGCGGACAAGCACUGCCACCGUGCCAAAUACAUUCUCAAGACAGAUGACGAUAUGUUCAUCAAUGUGCCGAAGCUGCUGGCCUUCCUGGACAAGCACCAGGACAAGCGAACCAUCUACGGCCGCCUGGCCAAGAAGUGGAAGCCCAUACGUAAUAAGAAAUCAAAGUAUUAUGUAUCGGUCGAUCAGUUUGCGGCUGGUGUGUUUCCCUCCUUCACCACCGGACCCGCCUACGUUCUCACCGGUGACAUUGUUCAUGAGCUGUAUGUCCGUUCGCUGAAGACAGUCUAUCUGAAGCUGGAGGAUGUCUUCACCACGGGCAUUGUGGCCAAGAGCUUAGACAUUAAGCGGGUGCAGGUGAACGAGUUCGUCAAUCGCCGCAUCUCGUUCAACCCGUGCAACAUACGCAACGCGAUCAGCGUGCACAUGAUCAAGUCGAACGAACAAUUUGAUCUGUGGAAGAAGCUGCUGGAUCAGACAACCAAGUGUAAAUAGUAUUUUAAGUUUAGAUUGUGAAGGGAGGGAGCAGAUAGUUAGCAGAGGGAAAGUGAGUCUAUAUAAGAUGAUGAUAGAGAAUGAAUGGAUGUAGCAAAACGCAGCUAUAGGGUUAUUAGCAUUACGUCUAGUUUCUAAGUCCUAGGAAUAUCACAAAUAUUUGUCAUCGAUCAAUAGUAUCUUUAUCUGCAUAUAGUAACGUUACUCUUAAAUGCAUACCGACUGGAGACUGGGAGACCCGAGAACGAAGUGCGAAGAGAUUACAUUUUAAAGGUUUAGUAGUUUAAUUUUAGCAUUAUGAAUGCCAUUAUUUAAAUGAUAAUUACUGAGCGAUAACUGUGGUUAUAUCUUAACACUAAAUACAUGUAUGUAUAUAAAAAAAAA